AAAAGGACAAGAUCAGGGCCCACUUGCACAGAACAAUCUUAGUUACAAUCGAUCUUAGGCGGCUACAAUCAACUUUAUAAUCACCCUACAAUUGUCCUAUUCCACUUGCACAAACCGAUCUUAACGCGAUUGUAAGACGGCUUGGAUUUAAGAUCGCGAUCUUAACUAAGAUUGAAAUCUUCAAUGGUGGAGGUACAAAUAUCUUAAACUAGACUCCUGUCUAUGGUUGUCUGCAAACGCGCAAAUCUUGCUGCGCAUACAACGUGUAGAACCGGUUACGACAUACAACACGUACCUCCCUCCACGCGCCUUGCACAGUUGAAAGGUCUCAACUAUUUGAAGGAAACUAUAAUUAGAAUGUUGGCAUAUAGAUUUAGUGACAUUCUUAUUAUGAAAGUAAAAAAAGAAAAUAAUAAUAGAUCUCUAUGUCCAAAUAACAUAACAGGUAAAUGUAUGAUCGUCAUCUAUUUGGGGGAGCUUUCCGUAAAAUCCUAAAUACAUGUAUAUCCUUCAUGUUUUAGUUUUGCCGCUAUUACAAAGGAUGUUAUGACAACCUUUUCAAAACACAGUAAGACGGGAGAUUUCAAGAAUGCAUGUACGGGAAAUAAGAAUAAUGUUUCAAGAAAGAAGUUGUUUAAUAUAUAUUCAUUUGGUAUUAAUUAUAUUUUUUAAAAAGUGUGAAUUUUACUUUUGCUAUUUAUGGGAUAUUUUACACAAAUUUCAAAUGUCUCAUCAUGUGUAUUUGCUUGUUUGAUGAAUAUUUGUAUUAGUUUCUUAUAAAUUCAGAUAUUACAACCGCUCGUGACUGUCCCACUCGAUUUUGGAUAUAAACGUAUGAUUUUGCACUUCAACUUGUGUUUACUUGUAGAUUAUUUAAUGAUAAACUAAAGACAAAAUAACUGACACGAAUGUGACCCAAAAGAUAUACAAGGGGAGCUCGGCGGUUCUACAACAUUAAUACACUAACUGGGCAAGGAAGAUUCUACGAUACUUAUACAAAGGGAAACCACUCCCAUCUAGAAUAUAAACUAUGAUUAGCUGCCCUUGAUUUAUCUUAAAGGUCACGGACGUUACAAAUCGCUUGCAGACGACUUAGGUUUUAUCCUUCCCUUGAUAAGCUCCACCCCCGGGCGAACCAGUCUUGUGGGUCACUCUCAGCUGGUCUCCUCCCGAACGGCUGAGACGGAGCUUCACCUGAAUACCAAGGCGAUCAUGUGACAGCUAUUAAUAGCUUCCCACCCGCAAUGCAUUGUUUGCUUCGAGCCGAGGAAAAUCGUUAAGUGUGUUUCCCAGGAGUCUUGGGUCGGGUGGAGAGCAUUCUGAGCGUUCGGAGGCGGGUCGAUGAUAACUGAAAGAUACAGUGCUUGGUUAGCUGUCUCUUCCACCACCUGAAUCUUUUCCUGAAGGCAUUUUCACCUGUGUAGAGUGUACUAAUGUGAGGGGUGAGAAGACUGUCGUCCUUCCAUUGACACAACUGUGAAUAAGCCCUGCAUGUGUGACUGAAGGCCCGCUGUGCUCGUUUUAUCGGAUUUACCUGUGCGUUACCGAGGCGUGGAGUCACAGUGUUGCAGGAAGAGCCAGGUACGUUGGGCCAUACAGAACGCUAUGCGGUUUUACCUGAAAAAGAUUAUUCAGUGGUCGUUGGGAGGAUGUGUGACCAUCGUACUCUUAUUAAACCUUUAUAAGAGAGAUGUGUGGGUGUAUGACACGGACGAUCAGCCUCUACCCUGGGGACCGGAUUUCAAGAGGGACGGGAAUCCAAGGCCGCUCACCUUUGACGGACCGAAGAUUCACGAACAUGUUCACCGUGAUAUGGUCAGAACGAAUAUGUCAAUCUCAGGCAGUUUACACGUGCAGCAUGCGCAACACCCAUCAUCGGCGACGUCUGUCUAUUAUAGCCGUGACAAUGACAACCAGGAUCGUAUAGUUAACCAGUUAGCAUUUAUACCUCCUCCUAUCCGAGAAGCAAAAAAACGAGGGGAAGAUGCUCCCCUCAAAUCUAUUCUUCUGUACCACGGAUUCGGGGGGUGGCAAGUUAAAAAAGGACAGGAGACGUUCAUUGACCAGAAAUGUGGCGUUCAACGCUGUGAACUUAUUGACAACAAACAGGAUGGUGCGAAAGCUGAUGCAGUUUUGUUUCAUCAUAACCCUGCCCGACCCUGGUUCGACCGCCCUCAGAAACAAAUCUGGAUAUUGUUCAUGCUCGAGUCACCGUAUCACACGGCCGGACUAGGGGCGUUCAAGGACGUCUUCAACUGGACUGCAACGUAUCGACACGACUCCACAAUCGUAGCUCCUUAUGAAAAAUUUGUGCCGUACAACUCGAGUGUUUUAACUAAAAAACAAGACAAAAAUUAUUCCGCGGGGAAAAGUAAAAUGGUUGCUUGGUUCGUUUCAAACUGCGGGGCCCGGAACGGUCGUCGAAACUACGCCGACGAGUUGUCGAAACACGUUCAGGUGGACAUUUAUGGUGCGUGUGGCAAGUUAAAGUGUCCGCGGUACCAGAGCAGUAAGUGCUUUGAUAUGCUCAACAAAGACUACAAGUUUUAUCUAGCCUUUGAAAAUUCCAAUUGCAGAGACUAUAUUACCGAAAAGUUCUUCGUGAAUGGACUGCAACAUGACGUCAUUCCUAUUGUGAUGGGAGGAUCUCCGUCGGACUACAGGCGAGCUGCGCCGCCCCAUUCCUUCAUCCACGUGGACGACUUCGAGAGCCCCAGUGCUUUGGCGGAGUACUUGAAGCAUUUGGACCAGAACGAGGAUUUGUAUAAUGAGUAUUUUCUCUGGAAAGGAACAGGAUCGUUCAUAAACACGUUCUUCUGGUGUAGGAUAUGUAGUCUGCUUCACGACGUUGAUUCCAGGCCGCCAUCUUGGUUUUCGGACGUUGACAAUUGGUGGCGCGGGCCUCAUGUUUGUAUAGGGAAGGAAUCUUGGCGGAAUAAAUCGAUGGAGCUGAGCUGAUGAGUGGGAUCGAGAUGUUUAAGAACAAUACUAUCGUCUGUGAUCUUCUGUGAUGCAAGAGUUAUCUACCGUGACGGCGAUUCCCCGUCGACCGGCAAAUCCAGUCUGUUGCUGCCUUCGGACAAUCUACGUUCCAAGAUGCAAUAUUUUUAUAAUUAUUUUCUAAAUCUCAAUUACCAAGAUUUUGGAAAGAUGUGUUUAUAUUCGUAUGUGUCACAUUAGGUUGAAUGUGCAUAUGCAUGGGCAGAAAUCUCCAUGGAAACGGGGCCAAGUUUGGGUCGGAAGAUCAAGUUUCCGAUUGUUGUUGGAAUUUGUGGGUGUAAGCAUUGGUGUGUUGUGUGGGGAUAUUUAUCGUUGAAGUAACAAGCUCAAGUCAUUUUUUAUGAGGUCUUAAAAUGGUUUUUUUUAAAGAACGUUCGCUAUUAAAACCUGCAUGGUUGUGACUAUAGCUACGUAUACCCCUGCCUUUGUCACACCCACCGUGGGAGAUAUUUGACGGGUGACAGAGAAAUCGGGUUUCAUCCGUCCGUCUUUCCGUUCAUUCGCCUGUCACGCUUUCCGACGCUGGCCUCAGAGCCGGUUUGAAAUAAUCUAACUGAACAAAGACUACAUGGUUAAUUUUUUUCUUUCUUCUUUAAAAAAUAAAUUUGUCUGGAAAAAAUACACGUAUUCACGGUAGUUUUGUUAAAAGAGCGGAGACCAAAACUAUUCAAAUGAAAUUAAGUUCAGAAAUGAUACAAAUAUGUAUUAAGAUAAACAUGACAUUUGCAUCCACGAUAACUGAAGACUUAAUCUCCGUACUGAAUCCAUAAUCUUGUGAUUCAAUGAAUCUUACAUAUAUAAGAUCUUAUGUAGUCAUGCUCCGUUCUUCACAUCGGUUGGGGUUAUCUUCGUUUCCUUGGUUACGUUGUUGUGAAAAGAGAUGUAAUUGUCAUGCGUCAUCACUUUUCUACACAUUCAAUAACCCGCGGGGUUUUUUUGCGUUGGCGGGGAAUAUUGGCGACCAGGCUACCGUGUGUAUGUUGGGUCGUGACGAUAGCGUUUGUCAAAUAUCGCACUAAAUAAUUCACUGAUUGCUAGGGUACCAGCUGCAAUGCAGCCGGCGACACGAAUCUAUCGCUUACAGGUUGACUUUGGCUUAAAAUGACCAGAUGUGAAACAGUAUGUAUUGUAUUCUUCUACAGUAACUGUUAUAAAUCUGAUACAUAUACAUUACCAUGACAAAUAUAAUUCAUACGUAUGUUCACCCAGUUUCGCUUAAUCAGAAAAUCAAUAACCCUGCGGAUUAAAUAUUUACUGGUGCGCGGGGAUACAUUGAAUUAAUUUAGAUAGGACAAACUAUUUGAAAUAGCCGAGGUUCGUGAUUGGAAAAAGAUAGCUUGUGUCACAUGACAGUCAGUUGAGUAUCUGGUUGAAAUAUGGCCUCCUCUCCUGUUGAUAAUUAAACCGGGUGAAUAUAGGUAAUGUUUUCGAUAAGACAGAGCUUCAGGGCCACGAAGAUAAUCUCCAUUCCUUGAAACGUUAACUGCUUUCUUAACCAUCAGAAUAUUAAUGCUCCGGUGGCCUUGUACUUGGUUUAGUGAUUGACGCGGCCAAUGCUACCCCGGGUAAGCUCGGAUUGGUCCACCGAUCCCAGUACACAUUCGUGACCACUCGUGUCAUUCCGGACAAACCGGGGACGGAAAGGCGCGAGUUGUGACGAUUGAACUCAUUCGUGACCCAACUCGUGUUAUUCCGGGACAAGCCGAAUAGCGACUCGUGCCCCUCUCAUGGCCAUUUUUGCGACCGGGUUCCGUCUUAGCGCAGACGGGCAUACCUAAAACAAUUGUCAACUCGUUGCGUAAUGGUUCACAUUUAUUUCCCCAUGUAUUAUAUAUAUUUCAGAUGCAAUUUAAAGCACAUCGAGACAUGUGGAAUUAUACAGUAUGAUUGAACACAUUUAACGGUGUCUUAGGUAUAUUCUUAGAUGCAAGACAUAUGUAAAAUAAAAAAAUAUUUCUGAGGGAUUCUUUGACGAAGAACUUGAAAUCAUACGCGCAUUAUGAUUGGUUUGUCGUAUUUUCGCACAUAACAUUCAUCGAUAGGGGGACGAGUCUUCUUGCAGGCUACGGAAAGGGGCGAGUGGUGACGAAUGGAUUGAACUCCGAGGGCACUGAAACGGUGGCAGACGACUGUAGCGAAUGUGUGAGUUUAAAUUACAGUUGCAUCGGCAAUAUUGACGCCAUGUAGCGAUAAGAACAAGGUAUUCAUUAUCAAGUCGCUGUUAAUACCAAAUGUAUGUGUUUAUGAUUUGAUAUAUAAUACUACCGUUAUUGAUAUUUUCUAUUUUUGAAAAUAUAUUGUUUUCGUUGUUUUUGUACAGACACACUAUGCUCUUAGUGUUUGUGAAGUGUUGUUGUAGUGUUGGGAGAAGGCAGUGUUGUCGAUUCCAGGGAGUUUUUCAAACAUCUUUAAAUAGUAGCUGUGACCUGGGUUUAUCUAAACAUAUAACAGCUUUCACGAGCUGAUCAAACACAACCCGGUGUUUCAUUCAGAGAAAUUGUAUGCUUGAAUUUCUUUAGUGAACUACCAUGGUCCGCUAUUAUUCGAGGGGCAAGGGUGACCUCUUAGGCGUCGCUAGUCGCUGUUUAGAGUUGCGUCCCUUGGGCACGCCAGAUACCUAUGUUUGUGGGUUCGAAUCCCGUAUCGCCCUGAUUAUGUUUCUAGGUUUGUCAGCACCAUACCCGUGCUUGUGGGUUUCACCGAAGUGGUAAACGUCUGAGACUGCAUCACUGCGGGCUUUCCUCCCACAUUAAGCUGACACGCCGUGAUUUAACUUGAAUAGUGUUAAAAGCGGCGUUAAACCCAACUCACUCACUCACUCCAUGUUCUUCGACUCUCGUCUAAAACUGUCUCUCUCGAAUUAUCGUCUUUAACGACGUUAGAACAUCUGUUUUAUACCACUCAAAAAAAGUCAGGGAAAACCCGAUUUGUUCAUGUUACAGGUCAUGGCAGAUUAACUAUAGUACAGUAAACUACGGUUAUAAGGAACUUAAGGGGCGGUCGGGUAGCCUAGUGGUUAAAGCGUUCGCUCGUCACGCCGAAGACCCGGGUUCGAUUCCCGACAUGGGUACAAGGUGUGAAGCCCAUUUCUGGUGUCCCCCGCCGUGAUAUUGCUGGAAUAUUGCUAAAAGCGGCGUAAAACCAUACUCACUCACUCACUAUAACGAACUUAAAGGGACCACUAAUUUUAGUUCGUUAUAACCGUAAUUCGUUAUAAACAUAUUUUAAGCAUAUAUACCGCAAAUGGCUGGGACCAAAAAAACAGUUCGUUAUAUCCGCCAGUUCGUUAUAUCCACCAGUUCGUUAAACGUAGUUAACUGUAACAUGAAAAGAGUCGGUGUUCUUGACUUCUCACGGUUUGUCCCAAGACUGCUCCCUUGUAUGUCAACACUGCUGGGUCCGUUUCACUCCCUUAAAGUCGAAUGUGUUACCAGUUGUGUAGCGAAUUCGGGUUGCCAUGAAUGUGGGUUACUAAUGAAUUGUACAAAGUUGCUUGUUUUGGUUUUGUAAAUAUUGAGAUCGU